GAAAACCAAUAAGAUCUGAAAUCAAUGAACACGGAAUAAGUGAAUACAAAUCAAAUGUGGUUAUGCAAAUAAUAAAAGUAACUAAAUUUUGUAUGGUUUGCUGUUUGAAGUCGAUUUAUUUCGCUAUUGUUCUUCUGCCACUAAUCAGUGCAGAAAACCUAACCAACGGAACCAGUGCCACGAGCGUCUAUCAACCAUGGAAAACAAUAUCAUCAAGAGUUCCAAUAUUAGUCAUCGUAAGAAAUAUAAGCCACCAAUAUAUCACUGCAGCUGUAGAAACAGGUACAUUUGCUACCAUAUACAAUGUGUAUUUCUUUCUCUACGUCCAUCAACAUCUUCGUCGAAGUUUUCACAACAAAACUCGUGAUACAACUAAUUAUAUUAUAUGCCUCAACAAUAGCAAAAAUUUCAAAGAAAACGAAGACAAGUAUGAAGAUAACAAUGGGAAAAUCAAUGAGUUUAGUAGGAGCUUGAAACAAUAUUGGAAGCAAAAAGAACUAUCAUUAAAAAGUAGACGAGAUAUUGCUGGAGUUAAAAGCCAACUUUCCUGCGAUGAUAUAUUCGAAUUAGCAUUGUGUAUGAUAACUGCCAUUUUUAUAGAGGUUAUUCCGAUUACUAUUCGCUAUGCUUGCAAAAAAACUGCACUUUGUUGGCGAAGGCUGUUCUGCUGUUUCUAUCAUCGAAACUACACGAAAACGCCUUAUUUACGGCAGUAUUUACAUCAGCAGCAUCGUGCUGUCAUUAACUGUGUUUGUGAUGUUUUGAAAUUGAGCACAAUAAAAUUUAAGAGAAGAUCGGAUCAACAACAAAAACAUUUAUGUAUACUUCAUCAGAAGCAUUUAACCGUUUUUGCAGUGAUAACUGGGAAAAUAUUUGAACUUUUUAUUCAGGGAGCAUCUACUCAGUCACCCGAGAUAAGCGUGCCAGCUAUUGCCGACAGUUUGUAUAUCUCAGGAGAAAAACUUAUAAUUUUUCCUGCAGUGCCAACAAUGAUGGCAACUACAGCUAUUAUUGCACAGAACUGUAAAAAGUUCUGCCACUAUUAUUUGCUAAAAGCUGUUAUAAUAAAUCCUAUUACAUUUUCAUUUUAUGCACAAAUUACAGCAGAUCAUGUGCAUUGUAUUAUAAUGCCUAAAGAAAUUCGACUGCUUCCGAAACAGAUAACUUAUCUGGUAUGGGAAAUUCAACAACUAAGAGAGCUUGACAUUUCUUGCGAUUAUAAGUAUUUCGUUUGUGGCGGAAAGAUAAUAGAAAAUAAAUUUGUAUAUGCCGCUAACGAGAACAAGGACCAGACCCUGCGUCACAAUCUGAGAAGUUUUGCAAUACUUCUACUAUUGAUUGACUACUAUGACACUGUCUAUGAAAACUAUGACAAUAAUUAUGCAAAAUCUCAAAAAAAUUGUUACUUGAAACUCUUUGAAGAGCAGUUAUUGAAAAUAUCUAAAGAUUGUGGAAUAUUAUCUAUACAGAUGAAUAGUUUUAUAAUCGGUUUUCGGAAAAAAGUGAAGUAUGGUCGUGAUAUUUCCGUCAUACACACAAAUUCAAUAUUUAAAGAACUACAAUCAGGUGCAAAGCGUAAAUCUAAGCCUAAUUUUGGAAAACAUAUUAAGCCAAUGAAACUACGAAAAGCAUCACCAUAUUGGAAUGUGCCAUUUCGCUCGGCAUCAACAUUCACAUGUCAACGCAUACAAGAUAAAAGUACCAAUUGGAAAGAAUGCUUACAGGCUAUAAUUAAAUUCGACCUUUGCUGUUGUUGUUGGUGUUUCUAUUGUUAUCGUCGUAAUAGUAUCUCUGAAAGAGUUUCGAACGGUUUUUGUAACAAAUGGUAUAGGUGCUAUCCGUGGUAUCGGAGGCAAUAUGCUUAUAAGUUUCCGCACUGCAUAUAUUGCUACUAUUAUUUACAUUGUUAUUAUUCUUUAAAUCAAUAUUGUUGCUACUGUUGUUACUCAAAAUUUUUUAUAAAAUCCGUAAUGUAUCCAUGCAACUGCUCAAGUAAUAAAUCCAAUCAUGACUUCCGUCAGUACUGCCCUAACACCCAGCGGAAGGAAAAGAAAACUAAGGAGCAGAGAGUUUUGCAACAAUUGAAGUGCUUUCGGAAUUUUUUUCGACCACAAUAUCCGACAAAUACGAACUGUAUAAGUAGCACACUCUCUGCAUUGUACUUCUGUCAUAGAAUUUAUUGGUUUCAAAAUACGCAGAACUGUUGUUCACACAUCACCAAGGCUAACACAUUGGUUAAUGCAAUGAAUUCGGUAAAAACUGCUUGUGCCGAGACAAUAUCAAACAAAAAGAUUGAUUUUUUCAAUUCCAUCCGAUCUACCGCUAUAUAUUUAGGCAAAUGUGUGCACAAUGAACUAAUUAAGUUAGAAGACUACAUACGUAGACACAUAGUUUUAAUGCUUCAGAUUAAAAUAUCAAUACCCCGAUCGACUGCCCUCGCAAUUAAGGUAACAAGAGAUCAACUACACCAACAACAACAACAAAUGGUUAACAUUGCACACGAUCAGCAAUUAAAAAUGAAUUAUUUAUGCAAAAUUUUUUGCAAUAAUUGGAAGAGGCACCGACGGAGGAAACGGCGACGUCGUCGUCGACGCAUGAAUAAACAAGAGCAGCAGCAACAUCAAUCCGUCCGACUACAGCAGCAACACAUAAACAAUGAGAAAGAAACGUUAUUAAGUGGCAUGAACAAUUCUCGUUUGCAUAUAUUGGAUUUUAAUGCGUGCAAAGCUAUCGCCACAAAUGUCCCUGUGCACAUGAUAUUAUCAAAAGCACCAACUGUAACAAUGUUGGCCGCAAUGCGUUUUACAAAUACCAAAAUUGCCUUGACCGAUGGAAACCGAAAGGAUGUGAUAAGUCCGUCUCAAACACCUGCACUGAUUUCUUCACCAUCAUUAACAACGACAGCUAGUACAAGAUUAAACCGAAGCCGCAGCAGGCCGAAUCUUGUUUGGCUUUUUAUUGGACUGGUCUGGUUUGAAGGUCCAAAAUAUGUCAAUUGUGGUAUGCAGAGUAGUAGUCAAUCCUCACAAUCUAAUCCUCAGUCUCAAUCACAACCACAGACAGCAACACAUACAGCAGAAGCAACACUUGAACCGCUCCCAACGUCGGUCCUACUUUCCCAACGUCAGCAACAUAAAAUUCCACCACCACGUAUAACGUCGAACUUACUUUUAUUGACACCCAACCAUAAACAAAUAUUCAAAGGAUCGAUGUCAUUUAUACAGAAGGGAUCAAUUGCCGAAAUUGCCGACACCGCUAAGUAUAAAAUUAAGCAAGGGACAAAGAGCAGUCUUAAUAGCAAAGUAAUGCAUAUUGACAAUUGUUUGCUUCCGCCUAGACGUGCUUCCAUAACGGCCACAAAAACCAAAGGAAAGCUUUCACGAUCCUACGACAACGAUCCCAUAAUGAUAACCGAUCGCAAACGAUACAACUGGCUCGAACCAGGGGUGAAUGUUGAGGCAAAUUUCUUGGAUGAAGAAGCACACAGUGCACAUAGCGACCACGCUCGUCUCGAGUCUAUUAAGAGACAGAUAUUGACUAAACUUGGUUUAAAACAGAAACCCAACGUAUCUCACCCUCUUCCAAAGCAAUUUAUAUGGGACACCAUAUAUCGUGCAGACGGUAUACGCAGCGUUGUCAGUGAUUUCGAUUUCGGUGAAAAUGGAUCACAUCGAAUGGAAUUAAUGUCGGAAGAAAAUAGCACAAAAGAAACACGAAGAUCGCAUUCUGCAAAAGCAAAUGAUAUUACAAAUCUUUUACAUAACAGCCGAGGCUUCCACGAUGGUGAAUUCGCUAAUACGAUUGGUUCAGUUGCCGAAAAAGUUUUCAAUGUAAGUUAUAACGAUUAUUUGCAUCAUGCCCGGUUUGACGAGUCUAAGAUAUUAAACGAUAGCAAAAUAACGAAUAAUUUCACAUAUCUUAUGCAUAUUAGUAAACCAAAGCCAAAUAAAAACUUCCUAGGUGUUGAUGAACCGGGAUAUAGUGAUAUAUAUAUUUACAAUGAUAAAGAUGAUUUACUCGAAACAGAGACCGACGAAUUAAAUCACAAAGUAAACCAUGGUAUUCAUAAUGCCGGUGAAGCUUAUUCGUAUGCUGAAAACGAAAAUGGGUAUAGUUUACACCAUCGGAAAUAUCCUUUGUCAGCAGAUCAAAAUAAAAACGAAGGUGAUGAUUUUCUAGGCGACACACAAGAGCUCAUCAUAUUUGCGGAGAAAGGAAAAAUGAUUAAACAACAUCGACUAGUUGAGUUCGCACCACAAACAAAGUACAUGUCAAAUGAAAAAUUUUUUGUUAGAAAAGCUGAAAUUCACAUUCGUAUUGAUAAAUUGACAACAGGGUGCAACGAUAAUGCGAAUAGAAAAAAUCGUGGAUGUGGUGGCAAUAAAACGAAACCCAAACUUUGGAUAUUUCAAGUAAUGGAAAAUAAUACAACAAAAAAGAGCUGCGAUAAUUCUCCUCAACUUUGUGUUACUUACGAUGUGGAUAUAAUGAACUUAGGCUGGCAAAAAUUUGAUAUAACACUAACUGUCCGGGACUGGUACACACGAGCACCGACGGAAAAAUUGCGACUUCUUAUAGAUUGUACUGGUUGUGGCAAGCAUUAUAUUUUACAUUUGUUUAAUCAGCCAUUGGAGAAUUCGAAACAGAAACUAUUAUAUCUCCAGCGGGAAAAACGAUACCGUUCGGUGAAACGUAAUGAUCUUGUAGUACACUGGAGACAACCACGUUUGAACAGUAAUAUUAUUUCAGAAAGACAUAGUGAUGUUAAAGAGCGAGUAGAACAGCGUCCAAAAGCAAAAAUUUCUUUGUUAUGUAAUAAUAUUUUUAACUGCAAAACUAAGAAAAAUUUCACUUCAAAAAUAGACAACUAUAAAUUGAAUAACGUUCGUACAAAAUUAUUUCGGCCGCAUGUAUUAUUAGGAUAUUCAGAUCAGUCUAACCGACUGCAACCACAAGUUCCUCAGGCCCGAAGCAAGCCGAAAGUUAAUUCACAACCGCAAAAGUAUACGCGCUUAAAAAUCUCAUCAGAAUUAAGUCCUAAUCGACCAUUUUUGGUAUUGCGAACAGAAACAAGACGUCUUCGACGUGUACGACGACGUGCAAUUGAUUGUAUUGGCGCAAUACAUGGUCAAUGUUGCAAGGAAUCGUUUUAUGUGUCUUUCAAGGCAUUGGGUUGGGACGACUGGAUCAUUGCUCCACGUGGCUACUUUGCUAAUUACUGUCGAGGAGAUUGUACAGGUCCCUUUCGCACUCCUGAUACAUUUCAAACUUUUCACGCUCAUUUUAUAGAAGAAUAUAGAAAAAUGGGGCUUCUGAAUGGUAUGCAGCCGUGCUGUGCACCAGUAAAAUUUUCAAGCAUGUCUCUUAUAUACUAUGGUGACGAUGGCAUUAUUAAAAGGGAUCUUCCAAAGAUGGUAGUAGAUGAAUGUGGUUGCCCAUGAAUAAAAUACGUAUAUAUGUAUGUACUCUUGUAAAAUAUUGGUUGUGCUGAAUCAACUUAAUUUAAAAAUUUGAAUAUUAAUAUAUACAGCAAGACAUAUUAUUACAAAUUGUAUAAAAAAUGUAUAUGUACUUUAAUUCUAAGUCGUAGCUGCAUCGAAAAAAAUAUACUCACAACCCUACAACUUUACGUUUUAAGCUUUUUCACGCUUUUCUAUCAUAUUACAAACACAUACUUAUAACUACGGAAGUAUGGAAAGGAUUAAAAAUAAAUUUGAAAGAGGUCUGUAUGAAGCAAUUUUUCGUGCUACUUUUGCAUUGGACUUAUAGUUAUAUGAAUGAAUGCUUGAGUGGAGCUUAUAAUACUUAAGAAAGGGUCUAUAAAUAGUUUUGUGUACAUACGCAAAUAAUUUUGUUCGAUAGUCAACAAGUAGUACUUUCGUAAAGGAAAAUUUAUUUUCAUUAAGAAUCAUUGAUUGGUGCCUUCAAUUAUUAGUUACAAAAACAUCUUUAAACAUGGACAUAAACACAUAUACCAUAUGUAAAUCGUUUUUGCACAUAGUCAUAUGUAAAUAAUCAGUAUUAAAAAAGAAAAAAAUAUAUGAUGACUAGUGUAAAUAGAGAGACAAAUUAUUUUUCAUAAAUAUGUGGGGAUGAGAUGGUCUCAUAUAUACCUUACUUUCAAUAUAACCGAAAAUUACUAAGUAGCAAAUUAAAGAUAUCAUAUAAAUACAUCAAUUAAUCUUUACAAAUUAGUAUUGCACUGUACAACUCAUAAAGUUUACCAGUUGAGAACUUAUCGCUCACAAUUAAUGUAUUGGUGUUUUAAAUUACAAAUAUUACCGCCCCGAACAAAGCUGAUGAAAUUAAAAUUAAUCAAAGCGAGUUCUACUUUCCAUACAUAUUAAACAAAAUUAUAUUAUUACUAUAUCACUUUGACUUUGUACUAAACAACACAAAAAAUAGGCAUGUAAUUCAUAUUAGAUAUGAUUGACUGAUGAAUAGUUUAUAUGUAUGUAUAUGCUUAUUCCUAAAUUCUCCAAUACUAUUUCCCAACUCUAUAAAAUUAAUUUUUUAGCCUAACAUUAGGCAUUGGUUUUGAUAACCUUCAACAUUGUUAUUUCAUGUUUUCUAUUUUUUGCCCGUUCCCAUUGACAAAAAGAAUUCAAAUAAUAACAAUCAGACCUUCAUCACCACUAUGUACAUUUAGAUAAUGCACCUGGCUCAGGGAGAAAGUAGAAGAAAGGCAUAUAUGUAAAUAAAAGAAAACGUUGUCCUUUGAAAAACUACGUACAUAUACAUAGAUACGUAUUUGCAAAAGUUAAUCACACCCUAAUAAAUAAAAAUAUAUGCAUGGUACAUGUAUACCCCGUUAUCAGAACUAGUCAAAAUCAAUGUCAUUUUAUGAGCCAAAAACUAACUGGUCCUGAAAAUGUUAGACAUUUUGCAUUCGCUAUUUUUCCAAAUCAAAAUAUUUUAACAUAUAUUUAUUAAAAUGUUGCAAUUUUUUGAAUUCAAUUUAUUUAUUUUUACUUUUUACACCUAACCUAGAUGUUGAUUUCAAUGUCUGUAAUGUUUGUUAGUAUCAAGUUGGUAUGUUUCAAAAUCCGUCAAUUGAUAUUUCGAUAAGGCAGUAUUCUAGCUGACUGGUUGUUAGUAUGCAAUUAGCAAAUUAGUCUCUAGGGUACAUAUGGGCAACAUGCAUAUUUUACAAUACAAAUACGUGCAAAUGUUUUGUAAGACGAUUAAGAUGAAAUUCUAUCAACACUAUUUGUAAAUAAAAUUUGUUUAUAAAUCUUAUAAACUAGUUAAUAAUUAAAAUACAUGAUUCACUCUUUAUAAAAUAUAAAUUACACAAUACAUCUACAUAAAUAUUUAAAAUAUUACAUAAUCCAUAUUUCAUAGUUUUUUUUAAGAAAUAUUUCAUAUAUAUAUUAUUUCGAUAAUACUCGCAAUACACAUUCGUUAUGACUUCAUUAUUUCCGAAAUAUUACAAUGAAGUACCAUUACAACAAUGUUACAAAUUAAAUUUUUUGGUUUCUUUUAAUAUUUACCAAUAAUAAACUUAGAGGGUCGUUGAAAAUAACUUACCAUAAUAUAUUGUUGAGGACAGCAAUGAAAAGCAAAAGUACCUGAAGGGUCAUUAGACACCCCCAAUAUUUUUGCCCUGUGAGGCAAUAAUUUUUUGUUUUCGUUCGAGGGUGGGAACCUAACUACAUACACUUUUUAUGAGUUUUACAAUGGGCCAAAUUUUUAACGAAUCAUCGCGAUUAUCACAGUGGGCUUGAAAUACUAUGUAAUGCUACAUUGAUCAACGGGCGAUAACAUUAAAUAAUAUAAAUAUUUCUUUUAACAUAACGAGUUAUUUUCAUUCCAUUUUAACAAUAUCUAUAUGUUAACAUUUCCUCAUACCAGAGAUAUGAACUAAUUAGAAUAUUUGGUGAAAAGAUAUUCCUUAGUUUAUUGAGACGUUUCGAUCAAUCGAAUUCCAAAUUCCCUAAAAUCGUUAGAAGGAUCCCAUCACAACAAUUCAUAAAUACGCACUAUAAGCAUUUAAAAUGGCAACUUAUUGCAGAGGACUUUUCUUAAAUCAAACUUCUUUAUACAAAUAUUUUCUUGCAAAUACGUGAACUUUUGCACGGCUGGCUGCGCAAAAGAUAAUUCUAAUAGUUCAUGUUCUUCAAUAACAAUAUCAUAGAUUAAUCAACAUAAGAUUUUAAAUACAAUAACGUUUGAAAUAUUCAUCUUAAUAAAACCCGAGCACUAUAAUAUAUGUCUCUUCAAUAUCCUCAUACAAUUUAAAAAGACUUAUUCAAUUAUCAUUAUUAUUGUACACCUUCUAGAAUUAACUUGCUAACUCAACUGUAACAAAUUUUCUAGACUAAAUAAUUUCAUUCAAUGUGUUGAAGAGAUUGUUGCACAUAGUCUCGUAUUGUAUACUUAUUUAAAACAAAAAUAAAAAUAAUACUACGUAGAUGCUUCGAAUAGCAUAUUCAAUAAAGCAAAUAUCUCGUAAAUGACUGUUAGCGAGAAUUUGGAUCAUUCAAUCCGUAAAACAUACUUUAAAAUCAUUUUGUGCAUUUGUACAGCUAGACUAGGGCUACAAUUGCAAAUUUAUAUAGAGCGAAUAGCCUGUGCCGAAUAAAAAGCAUACUAAGUCACUUAGCUCUCCACUUUUUGCUAGAUAAUAACACAAACUUUUGUAUAUAGAGAACAUACAAAAUGCAUGUAUACAAAAAUAAAUAUAUGAUAACUAUAUUUUAUAAUUAAUAACUACACUACUACAAUUUCUAUACAUAUAACUUAACUGGAACUUAUUAAAAUAAUGGAAUUAUUCUGUUCAACAAUAAGUAUUUAUGCAUAUACAUAUAUACACCUGUUCAAGUAACUUACAUGCGAUUGCACAUUCUGUAAACUUCAUUACCUAAAUCCUAAUCAUAUUAAAUAAUACUCUAUUAAGCUCCAAUUGAAAUAUAUAAUGAACAACAAUAUUAACAUAAGCAUACAUAAGAACAGCUUUUUUUCAAAGGCAAAUGCCAUACCUCAUAGAAGAAUCCAGAAUAAAAAUUCAGUACUUUAGCAAUUAACGAAACUUGGGUAUAUACAUAAGUAGUGCUUAUAAACAGCUAGAAAAUACGGAUAUGUAUAAUGUUCGUUUCACCAUGCAACUUCGUUCUGAAACAAAAUUUAAACAGCCUUAAACAUUAUACCCAUUUUUCGUAAACUUAACUCGAAUUAAUUUGAUUUUUCUUUAUAUUAAUUCCUUAAUUUUCCUUAAAUUUUGAAUAACUUGUAUCCAUUUACAGUAAAAUUGUAAGCAAUCUUCAGUUGACAACAAAAUUUUAUUUUAAAUGGAGAUAAGAGAGAGAUGUCACUGAAAAAAUAAAUCUUACAGGCUUAUUUUAGUUCUUUACGACGUUGCUUUAAAUACAAGUACUACACAAAGCUGAAAUCCAAGGUCAAACCAAUUUAUUUAAUACCCAGAGCGCAUCUCACAGUAAUUAGAUCGUAUUGAAAACAGUAACGAAAUAUACAAUUUAAUGUUAUUAAAUACAUGUACUAUUCUAAUAAAAAAAUUUAUGAAAAUACUCGAAAGCAAUCAUUAGAAACUGCUGUUCUAUAAAACUAAAUACAUGAAACUUAACAAUAUGAUAAUAGAGGUGUACUUUCGCACUUCCAAAUCCUACGCCAAAAUAUGCAAGAAUAUGAGAACAAUUAAUUGUAAAGUCUGAAAUAUCAGCGAAAUGUAUGUGUGUAUAUGUAUUAUGGCAGCUAGCACAGGGUUGCAAUUAUGUUGCUACGCUUUGUUGCCCUCAAAUUAAUUAGUAGAAAAUUUGCAACCCUUACAUAUUUUUCCUUCGCGUGUGUUUUGUCAUUGUACCAUAGCAGGAAUUGGAAAAUUUUGUACUCUUGGGUUCAGAACCCGCUCGUUUAUAAACUUACGACGAUAAUUUCAUGCACUCAUAAAUCCUCAGGAUCUAACGGUCUUGUCUUAUGCUUGCCUUUAGUAGUGGUCUAUAUUAGAAAUGCGAAACUAUCGAUAGUUGGACCACUCGAUAGCUUUUCCCCUGAAAUCUACUUUUCUUCUUCUUCUUCUUAAUUGGCG